UUGUCCAACCUCUCCGCAAACGCCGCGCUCCGCAGGGGCUCCGGCAGAAACAGCUGUUGUUCGGAAGCUGUUUAAAAUCCGUCGGCGAUGUUUCCUUUACGCAAUUCCCAGAAGUUCUAGGUCGGGCGCAAGAUGUGGGUCUUCGGGUACGGAUCCCUAAUGUGGAAGGCGGACUUUCCUCACAGCCGGCGAGUGGUCGGUUACGUGAAGGGUUACGUGCGGCGAUUUUGGCAGGCCAGCGAAGAUCACCGCGGAGUGCCCGGGAAACUUAUGUUGGCCUCCCGCACCGGUUUAAAAAUAGUGAACCGCCGCAAAGGUAGAGGAAGCAUGCCUUGCGUAACGGAGCAUUGCGGGGGAAAAAACUUGCUGCGUUGGAUCGUGUCAUUCAAGCCUGGCAGAGUGGUCACAAUAAUACCUUCAAACGAUCCAGAGGACUGUGUGUGGGGUGUUGCCUACGAGAUCCCGGAAAAGCAUAUCCAAGAAGUCAUGUACUAUCUUGACUUUAGAGAAAAAGAUGGAUAUGAUAAGGUGCAAGUGAUCUUCCAUCCAGAGAGCGAUAGCACCCUGGAACCGUUCCCACUGACCAUCUAUGUGGCACACCGGGACAAUCCGUUCUACCUCGGUCCAGCCAGUAUCCAAGACAUAGCCAGGCAGAUCCGAACGGCUCAAGGCCCCAGCGGACCAAACCGCGAAUACCUACUCAAGCUCGCCGAAGCCAUGAGAUCUCUUGCGCCUCAUAUCAAAGACCACCACCUCAUUGAGCUAGAACACGAGCUCAUCAACUUGGACAUGAACGAAACCAAUGGACAUCAGCCGCAGGAUGAGGCUCGGCAGUCAAUGAUGGCAUGAGUUUUUU